AUGUUUCUUUCGUGCUGGGCCCCUUUCCUUUUGCUCCUUGGAUGUGCAAUUGGCCAAAUUAAUAUUGAAACCCUGGUUCCAGAAACCUUGGUAACCUUAUCAUCAUCAGAUGAUACUCCAACCCCAACCGCGAUCCAGACUCUGGUUUCCCUACUGGUCGAUACUUUCACAGCGCCCAGUUCUCCCUCGAAAACAGAGCUCCCAUUUCCGUCUUCUCUGACACAAACAUCUCGCAGUCUUAGUCAAAAUGAUUCUCAAGCUACUUCAGCUGCUUCUAGCCCAAACAAGAUUCAGACUUCAGUCCCGCCCUUGAGCACUCAAGCCUCUCCAAAGGAAACAGGAUUCAAUACACCAGGGCAGUUCAAGAUUCAGAUCCUUAACGCCCAGAAUUGGUAUCGAGCUGCGCAUGGAGCACUUCCUCUUGUUUGGAAUGAUACUUUGGCUAAUUCCAGUUCGGGUUGGGUCGCGGGAUGUGUAUGGGAUCUUGAGUCAACUCCUGGAAUAGGAAAAUCCUUUGUAUCUGCUAUACCCACCAGCGUCUUCGGAAUCGUCAACUACUUGGGACUUGAACGCCAGUUCUAUAAUUGGUCAGAGCCAGGACCGACGAAUUCUACCAAACAAUUUACGCAGAUGGUAUGGAAAAGCACGACGUCCGUUGGGUGUGCUUGGAAUAAUUGCCCACCCGGCUCAUCACCAGACCCCGCUACGCCUGGAGUUUCCCUGUUUCUCCUGUGUCAAUACUAUCCCAAAGGCAAUCAGGGAACUAUCACAGACUGGAAGGACAAUGUGGGAGAGCUAGAGUCUGGAAGUCUGGGGGAAGGCGUUGUUGCUGCUGAUGGUUUUGGACUGAGUAGUCUGACUACUGCGAUUACUGCAAGCGGCGGAACAAGUGGAAAUAGUGCAGCAAGUACAAUAAGUAGUCUUUCCACAGCUGCCACUGGAAAAGAUGUUGAAAGUCUGGCUAAUAAGCUGGGUACCAGUCGGUUUGCGAUGGUUAUCAGCUCGGCUAUUGUCAUUGGUUCACUUGCCUGGCAUCCUUUAGCUUUGGUACCUCUGUUUUUGGCUGUUGGGUUCGCAGAUGCAAAGCCCGGAUUGGACGUUUCUGCUCUUCUUAAAAAAACCGUUGACAUGGAAUCGGUAUCCAGGGUGACCAAUACGCAAACCGCUUAA